AUGUCGGCAAAGGGCCUGGGAGCCGCGCGGCGCAGGAGGACGCGCUGCCGAAAGUGUGAAGCCUGUGUGCGCAGCGAAUGCGGCGAGUGCCACUUCUGUAAAGACAUGAAGAAGUUUGGCGGUCCGGGGCGCAUGAAGCAGUCUUGUCUGAAGAGGCAGUGCACAGCGCCCGUACUCCCCCAUACUGCAGUGUGUCUUCUCUGCGGAGAUGCGGGGAAGGAAGACACCGCCCAGGAUGAGGAACAGAAGUUUAAUCUGUCGCUCAUGGAAUGUACCAUUUGUAAUGAGAUUGUUCACCCCGGUUGUAUCAAGAUGGGCAAAGCUGAAGCGGUUAUCAACACAGAGAUUCCCAACUGCUGGGAAUGUCCGAGAUGUAAGCGUGAAGGCCGGACAUGCAAGGACUCCCUGGAUGGAUGGAUCUGGGAAAAAACGUCCUGAUAAUGGUGAAGACGCUGUGCGGUGGAAACUGACGGACGAUCCUGCUCCGGGUAAGAAGAAAACCGCAGAUGAGAAUCAGGGACAUAAAAGGAAGAAGGAGAAAGAGCCGGUGCAGGAUGCGGGACUGAAGAAGAAGGUAAAGGCUGAGAAAGAUAAGAAAAUUAAAAAGGAACCUCAGACGCCAACGGAACCCACUCCAGUGCUGGACCGCUCCCACCAGAGAGAGAAGAUCGAGCGCUUCAAGCAGAUGUGUCAGAUGUUGGAGAGGGCCCGCAGCACCACCUCUAGUUCCAGCUCAGAUUCUGACUCCGAUUCCGACUCCAAGGGCUCGCCGGGGAGCAGCGGCACAGGGGAAGGCGGAGAGGGUCGGACCUCGCGUGUCAGCUUCAGUACCAGCUCAGACGAGGAAGACGAUAAAGGAAGCUCUGCAGAUGGACAGAACGGCACCAGGAAUGGCAAACAGAAGUCGCCCAGAUCAAAUUGCCGGGAGAAGGAAAACCGAAGAAGUGCGGGGGCUGCUGUUAAAAAGGGAACUUGUAGCAGAAAUGCGGUACAACCCUUAUCCAGGAGCCAACUCUUAAAAAGGCCGCUGGUCCCCUCUCCGCCAAAGCCCCCUCCCCUGCAGCUAGAGAGACAUGUGGUACGACCCCCUCCACACAGCCCUGAACCAGACUCCCUUCCCUUGGACAGUGGAACGGACCAUGUCAUGCAGAGGGGGGUCUGGCUAUCUGUGUUCAGGCACUUGGGACAGAAAGAGCUGUGUGUCUGUAUGCGGGUGUGCCGAACCUGGAACCGUGGUGCUGCGAUCGACGCCUCUGGACUUCCAUAGACUUGAGCAGGCGGAAAUCAAUCACCCCUCCAAUGCUGAGUGGUAUAGUCCGACGACAGCCUGUCAGACUAGACCUGAGCUGGACCAACAUAUCUGAGAAACAGCUGACCUGGCUGAUACACAGACUGCAGGGAUUAAAGGAGCUCCUAUUGGCUGGAUGUACGUGGGGCGCAGUCUCCUCUCUCUGUACGGCCUCCUUCCCCUGCCUGUCUCUGCUGGACCUCGGCUGGGUACAGGGCAUGAAAACCUCCCACCUCCGAGAGCUGCUCUCACCUCCCUCCACCGACUGCAAGACAGUUGUGUCGGACCCCCGGGGCCGGUUGCCCUCCCUCUCCGAACUGCGCCUGUGCGGUUUAGAUAUGGGGGACGCUGCCUUGCGUUUGCUGCUUCGCCACACUCCUCGUCUCACCCGCCUGGAUCUAAGUCACUGUGUCCAGAUCAGUGACCACGGGAUCCACAUACUGACCGCAGUCACCUCUCCGCUGAGGGACAGCCUCACUCACCUCAACCUCACAGGGUGUCACCGACUGACUGACCAAUCUCUGGCCUUCUUCAAGCGCUGCCCCCACCUGCAGCUGGUGGACCUGCGUUCCUGUCGCCUCCUCACCAGUGAGGGCUUUCAGCGGUUGCUGCAGGAUCCUCCCUCCGAGCCCAACGUGAAACCCUUCCAAUGCGCCGAGGAGCAAGUCCUGAGCCGGGAGACCUAG